CAUAGCAAAGACUCAUUCUGAAAAAAAAAACUUGUUCUACAAGCUGAUAUUUGAUUGAACGUGUCUCUAUCUUAUAACUGAAGAGAACCCGUGCUCACAAGUUUGAGAAACACAGCGAGAAUCACUUUUUAAUUUCUGAUAGUACGAAAAGAUUUGCACAGAAGAGGUUACUAACAUCAGCUAGAAGAACUGAUUAGAAUGUUAUUCCCCCUAGCGUUUGCAUAUCUUUUAUUUUUAGUGGAUAUUCAAGGUGUAGAUGGCGCCACGUGUACCACAACGACAACUUGCCUGGCGACAGACUUCACUUUGCCCACGUGCACCAAUGGCAUUUGUCAAUGUCUCAACUCGUCUUUUGUUCCCGUACGGUCAGGCUGUGCACUGCAGCUGGACAAGCCUCAGUUGACAGGUCCUGAGAGAAACAGCAACGAGGUGCUACUUGGUCAAAACUUCACUCUGAGAUGUUUUGUCAACGGUGCAGAGAGCUACGAGUGGUAUAAGGGUGGUACUAGGAUCUCCACAUCAAGUUACUUAUAUACUGAUAUAGCAAGUCCCAGCACAGUUGGAGCCUUCACUUGUAAAGGCAUUGGAUCAGAAACGGUCGUGGUGUCCCCCUUGAGUGACACGUACACUGUAUACCUGUUAGGCACUGGUGGCUCAACAACAUCGAGUGUGCAGCCCAGAAUAACUGUAGAUGUGACAUCGCCUGUUUUCAUUGCUGCUACGAUCACUCUGUUUUGUACUAACAUUCCGAUGGGAUAUGAUGGACCUGUAACAUUCAAGGUCAAUGGGGUAGGCCUAAAUAUUGAUAACCCCACUUAUGUGACUAUUGAUAGUACCAAUACUGGUAAAGAGGCAACGUGUAGUAUAGCCAGCUCAUAUUCUUCUGUGACUUUCUCCAAACCAACCAGCGCUCCAGUGAUUCUACCAUCUCUAGUCAGCACUAUACAGUCUGUCAGUGUCACGAUGUACGAGAGGAUUUUAAAGGAAGUGAUAGUUCCAUCAGCAUUUACUCUGACAUGUUCCACUACUCCUAACGAUGUCUACAUUGGUAACAAUACUCUGUUAUACACCUGGCAGCGAGACGGAUCAGUCAUCAACAAUGCUACACUUAUGAGAUACACAGCUACAGAAUCUGGAACUUACUCAUGCGCAGCUAAGCUUGGAAGUCAGUCAGCUGUGACUUCACUGAACCAGAUCAAAGUGAGAAUUGAGGACUUGCUAUAUAUUAGUUCAAGUCAACCAAUCAGAGGUGGACGUGUCACACUGACCUGUGGAGAUAUUCGUACAGACAAUGUCAAGUACACGUGGACGCAAAACAAUAAGGUCAUUUCAGGCCAGUUUGACCGGAAGCUUCAACUGGACAACGUGCAGAUGAAUGACAGUGCUGCCUACAAGUGUGGUGUAUCAGUCAAUCAAGUGUAUCUUGCUUCAAGUUCACAGGAUGUCAGCGUACAAACUACCAUUGAAAGACCUUUAAUCUCCACUGGUCUUGCAAGACAUUUUGGUGAGAAUGGGCACUUCACGCUUUGGUGUAUUACACAGUCUUAUACUGAGGGGAUGACCUAUGAGUGGAAAGUUAAAGGUGUAAUAUCACCAGUGACAAGCAAGUACUACAGUCUCCCAGCCAUCACAAGUGUCAACAAUGGGGAAUACAUCUGCAAGGCCAAGUUUAAAGAUGUGACAAGCGACAACAGCCCUGUUCUAACAGUGACAGUCUCACAACCCGGAUCGCUCUGUUACGAACACAAUGAUUGUAACUUCGACGAACCUGGCUACACAGGUAGAUGUGGCUCCAACGACAGAUGUGUAUGCUCUGAUGGAUACUUCCCAAAGGGUGAGAUGUGCACGCCAGUAAGCUCAAGCAGUGUUGGCCAAAUCUUGAGCUCAGCUGUGGUCAUUGCCUUCUUCUGUGUCUUCAUCAAGAUGAUAUAGAGCAGCCAGCCAACGAACACUUAGAAUUUCUGAACUGGCAUCAAAUAAAUCAUAUGUUUGUGUCAUCAUGAAAAUUUGACGUCACUAGUUUGAUGCUGUCAUUUUGGAUGUGGCAUUUGACAUUUGAAAAACAAAGCAAAAAAGUUCUUAUUGUAAUAUUCACAAUAUCCAUUUAUUGGAUUGAUUUCUCAGAAGCUCAUAUUGCCAAUGUUUGACAUGUUAAACUUUAGACUGGCUUGUAUAUUCCCAGAGACAUACUAUUAGAUCUGCAUGUUGA